AUGGCACCGGGUAUAUCCACCCCGACGCCAGGCACAGCCGGCAAAUUCGGACCACUCGACGACCCGGUACAAGGAACCGCCACCGGACUAGUCAUCAAGGACCUCCGACCACACCAUGAAGUGACAUCCGAUUUCGACGAGCUGAAGUUCCACGCCGCGGCGUCCCGCCAAAUAAAAUGGCAGCAGCAGCAGAAUGAAGAUAUCUCUUCUCCUGAGACUACGAUAUCAAGCAAAGAAACAGAAACAGAAAUAGAUACCCGUCUAAUCGCCUCACCAUACAACGACAUUCCACACCUCCUAGACCUGGAAACGCUCGACACGCAGAGCAGACUUCUCGCACUGGCCUUGGCCUCGUUUAAAACCAUUCGUCCGGAUUAUGCGACAGCGCCCUAUAUUGAGAAUUUCAAUUGGGACGAAGUAUUCGGCCUAGUGAAGACCUUUGCCAAGGCCGAGGGUCACAAGUGGACGGCGCAGACUUUCUACGUCGUUGCCUUUCGGUCUAUUCUUCUUCCCGGUGUGGAUAAUGAUCAUCUCCAUGCCCUGGACGCAUAUUCGCAUCAGGAGGCUGUCUCGAGUGGGGGUUUGUUGAAGUAUUGGUUCGGGACGAAGGAUGGGGAGAGGAGGAAUCUUGCUACUUGCAUAUGGCGCAGUCGAGAAGAUGCCCGCCUUGGCGGUCGUGGACCUUGGCAUGCGAAGGCUAGGGCAGCGGCGAGGGAAUUGUAUGAAAACAUCACGUUUACGACGAUGAAGCUGGUUAUUGAAAAUGAUGUGGCUUCUUGGUCUAUCGGAGAUUGGGAGCAGAAUGCAUGA